AAAGAUCUUCGAUAAAACAAUGAGUAACCCUUUGGUGAAAUUAAGUUUUGCAGUGACACUUCUGCUGUAUUUCACUCCCUCAGCCGUUAGCAGCUUCGAUAAUGUAAUAGAUUUAAACAAUCCCAAACAAAAUCCCGACAAAAUAUCAUCGGUUUGGUUUGGGUCUAGAAUUAACCAGAAAAAAAGUUCUGAUAAAGAGGAAGACAAAAAGAUAGGCCAGUUAUUAGAAUCGCUCGAGGAUUAUCCAUGGACUCUAGUAGCGAUUUCUGAAAAUAACGAUAUGGAAAAAAGAAGUCAUACCCACAAUUUUACCCCUCGUUUAGGCAGAAAUUUAGACGAUAAUCACUUAACGGACGAUGCAGAUGUCGUGGAGAGAUUUGCACCAUUUCCCCCCAGAUUAGGGAGACGUUUAAAUAUGCCAUAUUCGCCGCGCUUAGGAAGAGACGAAAGCCCUGCCUACUUAUAACAUGUAAUGUCUUUAUAAAACUAUUUAUUCGUAUAUUAAAAAGAUCU